UACAUCUCAUUAUCCCAACCAAAGUUGCUUACGGACCUGCGCAGUCUCGCUCAUGCCUUUUUCUUGGGUCCUCAAACCUUGAUUUCUAUAUCCUGAUCUGAUGAUGUCCGUCGUUUGAUGGACGAAAGCUCAGCCAGUUUGCCCCUGAAACGUGGGAGGAUGUCUCACGGACUGCGUCAACCGGAAGGUUGUCAGAGCCGAACGGCUGCAGAUCAACGGGAAUCAUCUGUCGGCUUCUGA